AUGUUCAUUUCGCUUGUUCGUCAAUCUGCUGUUCCUCAUGUGCUAAAAUCGUUUGCACCUUUGUUCGAUCGCGUCCUUGUCGAACGAUUCACGCCAGAGCUGAAGACCAAGGGAGGCAUCAUGCUUCCGGAAAAGUCCCAAGGGAAGGUGCUCGAGGCUACCGUCGUUGCUGCGGGACCUGGCGCAAGAAACGAGAAAGGUGACACUGUCCCGAUGAAUGUAAAGGCCGGUGAUCGUGUUCUUCUUCCUGAGUACGGUGGCACAAAGGUGAUCAUCGAGGACAAAGAAUACUCGAUCUUCCGAGAGAGCGACAUCCUAGGAAAGUUCAAA